AUGUUCUCCUCCUCCAAGCUCACCGCCUUCGCCAUCCUCGCCAUCGCGUCCGUCGCGCGCGCUGCCCCCGCCGACUUCCAAAAGCAAAACGCGCUCGACGCUCAGAAGCUCAACGUCCAGUUUGCUUCCCUCACCGCGACCUCGAGCUGCACCGGCAGCGACCAGGCUUGCGUCCAGGGCAACUUCGCCCAGUGCGUGGACGGCGCCUUCAAGGUCUCCGAGUGCACCGCGGGCACGUCGUGCUUCGCCCUCCCGCUCGUCAACAAGGCCGGCACGAGUCUCACGUGCGACACCGCGGCCGACGCCGCCGCGCGCAUGACCGCCGCGGGCGUGUCUGGCGGCGUCGAUGGCAAGGGCGGCGACGGCGCUGCGUCGGGCUCGGCCGCGGCCACCGACUCUGCGGCGGCCACCGACUCGGCCGCUGCCACCGACACUGGCUCGGUCACUGGCACCGCGAUCACCUCCUCCCUUGCCACCGACACAGCGGCAGCCACCGACUCUGUCGCGGCCACCGAUUCCAUUGCCACCGACACAGCCGCUGCCACGGACUCCCUGGCCACGGACUCUGCCGCCGCCACUGGCACCGCGGCGGCCACGGACUCCCUGGCCACCGACUCUGCCGCCGCGACCGACACCGCGGCUGCCACCGAUUCCGCGGCCGCGACCGACACUGCGGCUGCCACUGGCACCGCGGCGGCCACCGACUCCGCCGCGACCUCUACCGCGACUGGCAAGAAGCACACCAAAGGUGCUAAGGGCGCGAAGCCUGCGAAGGGCGCAAAGGGUGCCAAGGGCGCGAAAGGUGCGAAGGGCGGCAAGAAGGGCAGUAACACCAGCGCUGCAGCGAGCGAUUCAGCGGCAGCCACGGGCACCGCGGCGGCUACCGACUCCGCAGCGGCCACCGACUCUGCAGCGGCCACCGACUCUGCAGCGGCUACCGACUCCGCAGCGGCCACCGACUCUGCAGCAGCCACCGACUCCGCCGCGGCCACCGACUCUGUGGCACCCAAUGCCGCUGCGACUGGCGCCCCGACCGUCACAGUCACGGUGACCGUCUCGGCUGGCGCGGGUGCGACCGACACCGCUGCCGCGACCGACUCUGCGGCGGGCACCGACGCCGCUGCGACCGGUGUCGCUACGGACUCCGCCGCCGCGACUGGUGUCGCUUCCUCUGACGCCGCCUCCGCGACGGACGACACUGGUGCCGAGCGCCGCCGCGGCCUGCGUUUCGUGCGCCGCCGCCUCUAA